UCAGUCUCUUUAUUAGACUCAGAUUGGAGCAUUUAUGACUUUAUUAUUAUUUAGCAUACUUAUAUAUUCAGGUAGUCUAUUUAUUUUUGAAAUGAUCAAAGGGAAAAAUGCAAUAUUGAACUCUUAAGAUGCCGUCAUUCAAAAUCAUGAAGUAAUUUUUUUUCUAUUUUGUUAUUUAGGAUUUUAGCUUCAAUUCCACUGAACUUAUAUUUUCAGCAGGGUUGCUUGAUAUUAUGGGUCAACCUAUUACAAAUGAGGGAAACAGAGUAUUUUAAAUUGGAUUUUAUGUCUGCAAUAAAUCAUUAAAAUGAUACAGAAUGUAUUGUAAUACCGAGGAAAAUUUGUGGUGAAAGAAUUCGUGAAGCAUCAAAAGUAAUAGUAAAAGAAUUAUUAACUUAGAAAUUAAAUAUCCCAUAAGCAUAUGAAAAUAUUACUUAUUGUAUGAGUGAUGAAUAUAUCAAAUAGAAUCACUAAAUAAGAAUAUAAGGAUCAAAUCGCUAUGAUAAUUUUACAUUUUUGGGAGUAGUAAUUGAAAGAUGUUAAAAUAAUACUAAUUUGAAUAGUAUAAUCUAUUAAUAUUCUAGAUUGUGCAUCAAAUGAAGAAAUUGAUAAGUAUUUAGGUAAACUCUUUUAUUUUUAUUUAUUUAUAAUUUUAUUUCAUUAAACCUUUAUAAAUAAUCAUAAUAUCUGUUAUUUGACAAAAAUUUUUAAAAUAUUGAAAUACUGAUUAUACAGCAAAUUCCAAUCUUUAUUACUCCUAUUCCUUCCAUCAACUUAAUAAGGAAUCAGAUGAUUCACCAUAUUAGAAAACUGAAAAUAUUGAUCUAACCUCACUUUAUUACAAAGUUGGGAAAUACAUUAAAAUUUAUUUUCAAUACUCUUAAAGUUUCCUUAAAUGUAAUCCCUUCUAUUUUUUUCCUCAGUAAGUUUAUCAUGAAGGGGUUGAAUACUAAAAGACAGUGAUAGAUAGUGUACUUUAUUUCUAAGAUGCAAAUACAUUAGCAAGAAUUGAAGUACAUCUAGAUGCUAAGAAAAAAGUUUGUUUUAUCACUUAUUAAACCUUAAUGGAUGUAGUUGCUAAGUUAGGUGGCUUGUUUACAAUUAUAAGAGCUUUAUUAGAUUUUUUACUUUUACCAAUAUAUUCAACACUCUAUAAACUCUAUUGAUAAAUUUUUUUAUAAAACAUCAAAACGAGGGCAAUAGUAAGUAGUAAGGAUGUUCUCUUGAAAAUUCUUAACUGAAAGAUAUUAGUUUAACAAAUAUGAUAACUUCUUCGACUUAAAGAGAAUUUUUUCAAAAAUAAUCAAAGAUAAUCAAUAAAUAUUUGAAUGUGAGAUAAAUAUUAAUACAUCCUCGAUAAUUUAAAUAAAAAAUAGAAUGUUUAAAGGACUCUAUAAAUUAAAAUUGA